AUGGCUGACUCCGCUGGUUCUGGUAUCUCGCACGUCGCAGAUAGUCCCAAACGCGACGACUUACGGCAGCCCGCACCGCCACGGCAGCGAGAUCGCGAGGCACUGUCGACUCCGAACGGAACUCCACCGAUCAGUUCAUCACGCGACAUUUCCGAUUCGGCAAAGAAAAUAGUAGGCGACGUGGAGUUCAUCGGAGCUACUGGCGCGCGGCCUGCGGCUUCCGCGAAAUGGACGAACGACCAACUUUUCUACGACGACGAAGGCGGAGAUAUCGGGCUGCCAUACGACGAAGAUGCUGGUCUGAUUAGCCAUGAUCACGUUAAUACAUAUAGCGACAACGAUACAUUCGCUUAUUCGACUAACGACACGAAAACCGCAUGUGGGGCAGCCACGAAGACGGAACCACGUUCCUACGUGGUGGAGGAUUACAUGUGGGAGGUCAACCCCCCAAUGUCUGCACAAAAUCGUCGAAACGUUCGCCCUGGGGACAUCAUCUUGGCACCCGACCCACAACAAGCAUACAAUCCACGAUGCCUAAGCGGUAUACCGACACACGAAGGCCUGGUGUCUAACAAGCUUCGUCCCAUGACCGUCAUGAAAACUCACGAAGACGAAGACAAUUUACCGGAAUCUGCGACUUGUCUACGCCAUUAUACGUACCAAAAGAAAGGUCCCUCUAAUUUGAUGUCAGUAAUUGAACUCAACAAGCUAUUCAGAUUGCUCGAACCAGGUAGUUACGAGGAAACAGGUCUCAGCGUGAACCGGCCUGUUUAUGAAACGUUCUUCAGAGAUACCAUCGACCCUCAUGCUUACAUUCACGGUGGCGAGUUGGUGCUAGUACGCCUGACAGACCGAGUCCGCAUCCUUGGCGAAAUCGAGGUUUCUGAUUGGGCGAGGCUAGACGUCUUCUCCAAACAGCAAGGAGAGCGCUCAGUAGACAAAGUGUAUGCCCAAUACCCAGAACUACGUAAGCAGGCUGAAGAGGAGGUUCGUGAGGCUUCUAUUCGCGCUCGCGAGCUCCAGAGUAACUAUUACAACACUAGAGCUGCUCACAGCCGGAAGAGCAGUGAAGGUAUAAAGAUAAUACCCCAUCAGAAAGCCAUCAGCGACUAG